UCAAGACACACGCACACACACACAUCGAUAGGUGCAAGUGCCUGUGUGUGUGAUGAACGCGUCUGUCAAUGUAUACGGCUGUAAGAAGACAGGCGAAAUGGAUGCGAGAAUCGAAUCGUUGUGCAGAGACACACAGGCAGACGUACAUGUUCUCCCAUCUCAGCGAGUGAGAUGGGAUAUACGCCCUUCCACUGGCUGCUAUCCAUGUUCUGUCUGCCCUCCACUCUCAUCAUCACUGUCGCUGUCGCUCUCCGCCCCUGGCUCUUCAUUCUCCUCUGACCACACCUUGCUGCCCAACUCACCCCCACAGACACCCAUCACCGCACCACGUGUCCGUGUGUAUGGACACUCUUCGGUCGUGUGCACUUGAAUGCCCACCGAUCCGUACACACGCCGACCGUCAUUUAGCUCUAGAUACACCACAACAACCGCCGCCACCUCAGUGUCCGCCAGCAGCACAUAUCGGCUGUGCCAGGUGGGCUCCGUCUCGGUCUUGGCAUCGAAAACGUGACACCCCUCAACUGGCCCGGCAGGCGAUUCCGUCAGCAAGGCCACGCACCGACGAUAGCAGGACGAUUCAGACAACAAGGACCGCCACGUCUUGCAACGGCUGCGGAGCCGCUCAUCAGCCCGCAGCAGGCAGUCGCCGACCAUGCAGCUCAGUGAGCGGAACGUCACUCGAAACUGAGGAUACCGUGCCGACGGGUUAUGCGGGUCGAAUGCGUCAAGAAAAGGGGCAUAGGGGAUCGUCCGCAGCUGGAAGGGGUGGAAGCCACUGCUCGUGAAGUCAGCCAGCCGAUCAUUGCCCUCCAGCAGCCGCUGGCCGUCAACCACCGCUUCCCUACCAAUCACACUCAGCUGUCUCAUGGCCUCUGGGGCGGUCAGGAAUGACUGCCGCCCUGCCCUUCUGCUGACAUGGUCGAAACUCGCCUCACCCAGCACCAGUGGCUCGCCGCGGAGCAACCGCAUGACCACCAGAUGCGGCCGCCAUCUGACCCACUCGCCGCCAUGCUCCAGCACAAACAGCCGCCUCAGCACACGGGGCAGCUCGUCAGACACGCUCAGCCACGCCGCCCCGUCGCUGCGGCUGCGCCGAUGGUGGGGGCCCUCGAUGGCCGCCACACGCAGCAGCUCAGCGCCGAGGUUCAUGUGAGUGUCGAUAGCCUUUGAGAGGCGGCUGGUGAAGUAGGCACCAUCGAUUGGGUGCUCUGUGGCGACAAUGAAGUCGGUCUUGACCAGCCGGAGGGUCAAGGCGUCAUCGGUGUCCAGCAGGUCGGCCAGCAGCGGAUGUAGAGAGGAGGGGAUGCCGGAAAUGGGGGAGGCGGCCAUGGGAAGAUGGAGUCGAAAAACGCGGAGACCUCUUUUCGAAAGGGCUAGGGGACUGUUUCUGUAGCCUGCGAGGGACAAAAGUGUAAGAAUAGGUGGGAGAGAGUCGGGGAGAAUGGUGAAGAGAGGAUCUGCCGGGCGGUCAGUCCCGGAUA